AUGAACGACAUAGUAACUAUCCGGAAAAGGAAAUUCAUGACCAACCAACUCCUUCAGCGGAAACAAAUGGUCAUUGAUGUCCUUCACCCCGGGAAGGCAACAGACUCACUCACUCUUGAGGAUGUGACCGUGAACUUCACCCCGGAAGAAUGGGCUUUGCUGGACGAUUCUCAGAAGAAGCUCUACAAAGAUGUGAUGAUGGAAACCUUUGAGAACCUGAACUCAGUUUUUCAACAGGCUGAUUAUAGAGAGAAGUUUUCUGUAAAUAAGGACUUCUGGUCCUCCGUGCUAGAAUUUUUUCAAUUCAGUGACGUUGAAGAUGAGAACAAUGACCAGAGACAGUGUGUGAGAAAAUAUAUGCUAGAUUGCUUCCGUGAACCUAAAGAAGGUAAAGAAAAGAAAAAUAAAGAAGAUAAUCAGCGUGAAACAACUUGUAGCUCGAUUGCACAUCUUACUAGACUCAGAAGAACUUCAACUGGAGUAAAGUCUUCCCAUUGUCAUGAUGAUGAAAACACCUCCCUGGAUCAUACAUUAAAGAAUAAUGUCAGCACUCAUACUCAUCAUUCUAAGGAAUGUGGAGAAGCCUGCAGUUGUCCCUUUCAUCGAAAACCUUGUAUAAGAACUCUUACUGGAAAGAAACUUUGUAAAUGUGAGAAUUCUGUGAAACGCCGUAGUUCCUUACCUCUCACUAAGCAUUUAAGAGCUCACUCUGAAAAGAGGUCUUAUGAGUGUACAGAAUGUGGGGAAAACUUUACAUGUUCCUUAGACCUCAGUACACAUAUAAAAACGCACAGUAGAAAAUGGCCUUAUGAAUGUAAGGAAUGUGGGAAAUCCUUUACUCGUUUUUCAAACCUCACUAGACAUGUACUUUGUCAUAGCGGAGAGCGACCUUUUGAAUGUAAGGAAUGUGGGAAGUCCUUUAGUCGUUUUUCAAAUUUAACAAGACAUAUAAGUUCUCACAGCGGAGAGAAGCCUUAUAAAUGUAAGGAAUGUGGGAAAACCUUUGGUCAUUUAUCCUAUCUCAGUGUACAUGUAAGAACUCAUAGUGGAGAGAAACCAUAUGAAUGUAAGGAAUGUGGGAAAGCCUUUAGUCGGUCCUCAUGCCUUGCUAGACAUAAAAGUUGUCACAAUGGAAAGAAGCCUUAUGAAUGUGAGCAAUGUGGGAAAGCCUUUAGUCGGUCCACAUACCUCACUAUACACACAAGAACUCACACUGGAGAGAUGCCUUUUGAAUGUAUGGAAUGUGGGAAAGCCUUUAGACAUGCCUCAUCCCUCACUGUGCAUACAAAUAUUCACAAGGGAGAUAAGCCUUAUGAAUGUAAGGAAUGUGGGAAAAGAUUUGGUCGUUCCUCACACCUCACUGCACAUAUAAGGGCUCACACUGGAGAAAGACCUUAUGAAUGUAAGGAAUGUGGGAAAGCCUUUAAUUAUUCCUCACACCUCACUAGACAUGUAAAUUCUCACAGUGGAAAGAAAACUUACAAAUAUAAGGAAUGCGGGAACGUCUUCAGAGCCCCAUUUGCAGUACACCCAGAUAGGAAUACUGGAUUAAAGCAAUAUACAUCCAACAUCCACCUGUUAUCAGCAUCCGAGAACCGUCUGACAUCCUUGGGCUACUAUGUGGUGAAAGAAGCACGAGUGGUGUUGGUGUUGGGCAGCUAA